AUGAGGGACUUUCCCCCUUACCAACCAGAUCCUGCCUUCUAUCAGAAGAAACCCACCAUUGAUCUGGACCCCAGGAAAGGAGUCACCCUUGGUGGAAAAAUCACUAUCUAUUGUGAAAGGCUACAUGAACGGCGUGACCCGAACAUGAGUUUCUAUCUCCAACGGCCUGGGAACCAGACGCCUGAUGUGCUCAUGCAGCCUAGAGGGGAUAAGGAUGAAUUCUUCAUCAGCAAUGCAAGCUGGGAGCACAGAGGGAGAUACAGCUGCACCUCUUACUACCUCUCAAGCAUCUCAGGCAACCCAGUCAUCUCAGAGCCCAGUGAUCCUGUGGAGCUGAUGAUAAUAGAUGCUGAUCUCCCCAGGCCAAAUAUCGCAGUGAGCCCCAGCAGGAUGGCACUCGAAGACAGCAAAAUCAUCAUUCUCUGUUGGACCAACAUUCUGAGCAAAAUUUUCUAUCUUCAUCAUAGAAUUUUGGGAAGAAAUCUACGAUCGGUGAAGCCAGAAGGGAACUUGGCAAAAUUCCCCAUAACCAUGAGCUGGGACUUUGCACCAGACAGACCUACUAUCUCCCUGAGCCCGAAUAAGGGGAUCACCAUUGGAGAGAAUGUCACUAUCCAUUGCCAACAUGAUAACCAAGACCGUCAAUUCUGUCUCCAAAAGCCAGGAGACCAGCUGAUGGAUGAGUGCACAGAGACAAAAGCAACUUGGGGAAAGUUCCUAAUCAGCAAUGUAAACAGGGAACAUGCAGGGAGGUACCGCUGCAAGUACAAUUAUUCACAUCGCAUCUCAGACCCCAGCGAGCCUGUGGAGCUGCUGAUUACUGAUCCUGAUCUCCCCAGGCCCAAUAUUUCUGUGAUCCCUAACAGAAUGGCAUUUGUGGGAAGCAACAUCACUAUUCAAUGCAGUACCAAAGGUUCAAGCAAGACGUUCUAUCUCCAUAAGGAUGGAGGACAGAUAGAACCACAACUCAUGGAGUCAGAUGGGGAAACUGCAACAUUUUCUAUCGUGAACAUAAACCAGUCUCAUGGAGGGAUGUACAAGUGUAGCUACAGACGUCCGUCAGGGAGCUCCAUCUCCUCAGAGACUAGUGAAGCCAUGGACCUUCAGGUAGUAGAUCCCAACUUACCCAGACCUGCCAUCUCCAUCAACCCCAAUGGGUCAGUUCCUCUUGGAGGACAAGUCACAAUCUUGUGUGUUGCUCAAGAUGGGCCUGCAAAGUUCUAUCUACAUGAGGCUGGCGACCCAAUGCUAAACUGCUCCAUGGAGCCUAAGUGGGAUAAGGGUGAAUUUUCCAUUAGCAACAUCAGCUGGGAGCACCAAGGGAACUAUAGCUGCAGCUAUGCAUUUUAUGGAAGGCCUUUUGUGUUCUCAGAACACAGUGACCCCAAGGGUCUUCUGGUAUCAGAUCCCCCAGAAACCAUGGAUUAUGCCCAAGUCAACAACAUCCGUUUUGCUAUAGGAGUUGUGAUUCUUCUCCUCCUCACAUAUAUUGUGACUUCUGAUUAUCUCUUCUGGAAGGAACAAGGACGUAAGGUGGUUUUGUGUGACAUUUCUAGAGAUGCUGGAACCACUGGCUAAGAUGGAAAUCAAGUGCAGCUUUCUGAAUCAGCACUCCAUGACAACCGUAAAGUUUCCUGAAGAUGUGUAUGAAAUCAUAUCAGAAGCACCUCUUUUUAAGACAUUCCAAUAAGCAUCACCUUCCUUUGACUAUGUCCACCAAUGACUAGUUUAAAGAUUUUAAAUUUCUUCCUUUUUCAUGCAAAGGAUGUCAGAGAACUUUACAAAUGCAACUGCCCAUGCACAUUACAGAAAGAGGGUAUUUAUGGUUACAAAUUAGAACCCUAAAUCUCUGCAUUCUUUAUCUUUGGGCACUAAUUGAAACCACACUGCCUCUUUUUUUCCUCUACGAAUGCUAAAAGCAGCACUCUCUAUUUCAAUCAUUUCUGUUAAUGGCCUAGUGAAAUUUUUAGGCAGAUUUCUUUUCCUCUCCCUUUGAACUGCAUUGUUUACUAGAUAUAUUGCAGUGUCUGAAUUUCAGCAUUCUAAUUGUGAAAUCAGUUUAUAUGAUACGUUAUACUGUUG